AAAAAAACAACAAUGGCGACACCCCUCGAGAGCGACGUGGAGGUAGGUUUCGCGAAGCUCCAAGGCGAAGAUUUCGAAUACUACAUGCAAACAUACUCAAUCAUCCUCGGCCGCAACUCCAAGAAAUCAACCGUCGACGUCGACCUCUCCUCCCUCGGCGGCGGGAUGAACAUCUCCCGAAACCACGCGCGGAUCUUCUACGACUUCACGCGCCGGAGGUUCGCGCUCGAGGUUUUGGGGAAGAACGGGUGUGUCGUCGAAGGAGUGCUCCAUCUCCCCGGGAACCCUGCGGUUAAGCUUGAUUCUCAGGAUUUGCUUCAGAUUGGGGAUAAGGAGUUUUAUUUUCUGCUUCCUGUGAGGAGUGUUUUAGGUGGAGGAGUGAGGCAGGUUGUUUCUGGGGGUUAUGGUUUUGGUUUAGGGAAGAGAGGUGGGAGGGGGAGAGAUUACUUUGAUGAUGAUGAAGAUGAUGAUGAAGAUGAUGUUAAUGUAAGGAGGAGUAGUGGGAAGAUGUCAAGGAGAGAAGGAUAUGGAGGGUCUGGACCUGCUUCUUUUGAGAGGAAGGGAGAGGGAAGAACAAGGAUAGAUCGGGAAGCUGAUGAUCAGCUAGUUUUGCAGCUUGAGGAAAAAGAUGUUGUGUCAUCUGUUGCCAAUGUGCUUUCUGAUUCCUGUGGUCCAGGAGAGUAUAUGGCUAUGGAGAAGCUUCAUUCUGUGAUACUGGAGAAUUACGGGAACAUAUGGCAUCACAGUCGUGUGAGAAGAUACCUAACACCUGAGAACUGGGCAGUUCCAGAAGCGAAGGGUAAAGCAUGGUAUGGAUUGCUGAUGCUGCUGAGAAAGUACCCAGAGCAUUUCGUUAUCAACACUAGGUCAAAGGGCAGGGUCACUCUUGAGUUUGUUUCCCUCGUCUCCCUUGUCUCCUGAAACCACAUCCCUUUAUUUAUUUUUGUCCUUGAACAUCAAUUGAUACCACAUCCCUCCCAAGAUGAUAAAAAUCAUGUGCUUGUUAGUGCAGGAAGUUUUCUACUUUUAUGUAAAUAAGAUAGUGUCAGAGAUUAGAUUUGAAUGGUACUCCUCUUCUGUUAGGUUUGAACUACUUUACUGAAACUAGUCUAUUUUUUAUUUUAUUUUUUGCCUUGGAGUAUUUGAAAACAAAGAACAAGUUAUCCUCAUGGGUUGUGUAGGAACAUCAGAAUAUACAGUCAUA